AUGCGUCAACGUGUGGCAAUGGAAGCGACGGGGGCGCCAGUACACGAAGGACCGACCAAGUGCAGCUGGGCCAUGGUGGUCAUGGAAGAGCUGCUACGACGUCGGCCCAUGUUGCGGGAGGCGCUCGCAGAUCUCCCAUGCACGCCGGGACACCGCCGACCGCGGACCUUGUUGCGACGCUUGGCAAAGCGAUGA